AUGUCGCGAUUCAUGCCUUUCAUUGCCACCUCAGCAGCGCUGGUCGCUGCUGUUGAUCCGUCGUUGAAGCUGAAGAACUACGUCGAUUCCGUCACUCUAGACUCGAGCUUCAACCCGAUCAUCGAUGCUUACUGGACUGGCUUGCCUCACCAUCGCCGAACGCCAUUCGCUGUCUCGCCGGAUGGCAAGACUGGUUAUUUGGCCUACCUGGAUAGUACUGGUACUGGAGUCCACGUACAGCAUGUCGAUCCCUCGGCCUUCACUGCCACUGGUACCACCGUCUCCAUUGAUGGUGUGAAGGAAGCUGGAGGUCUCGUUGCCCACAACGAUGGCUUCGCUCUGCUUGGUAACGAGGAAAUGUCUGGCACCAAUGCUCCGCCAAGUGGGACUCCCGUGCCAGCUAUCUACAAGUACUCUGCUGGCAAGCAGGAUUGGAAGACGUUUGUCGGUGGUCCUGGUGUACACGAGUCUGAGGGUCUUUCAGCCUCGCCAGACAUGAACGGUGACCUGGUCUACUCCGAGAAGGCCGACCUCUAUGGCGCCUACUUUGUCGUGAUCGACUACACCGGUGACGCCUCUGGCCAUUUCGGAGACAGCAUUGAGUACGUCGGAAGUGAUGGCAAGCUUCAGACUAUCGAAGGCGCCACAAGUGCCUGGGGUUGCUCACACAACAUCGGCAUCGCAUUUGAGGCCGCUGACGAAGCACCAUUCGCUAGUGUCUGCGCCGAAGAUCAAGGUGCAAUCUGGCUCAACACUGGUGGCACUGGCAUGAUGAGCAACGGCGUCAAGAUCUCCAACGAGAACACUACCAACGGAGGCGGAGGCGAGGCUUUUGGUGGCAUGUCUGGCUCCUACUCUGGCCUGGCUCGUUUCAUCAACUCUACUUCGUAUAUCCUCACCUGGGUUUCUCGCGGUGCAGUUGAGCUUACCGCAAACGAGUGGAUGGGCGACGGCUACACUGCUGCUCAAAAUCGGACCAACGGACGUCGUGUUGCCAUGACUAUCCUAACCGACAAGUCGACUAAGGCCAGCGAGCAAGCAUCGUCCGAGGUCGGUGCCGAAGGUGACAGCCAAGUCAACUGGGUCACAGCAGAGGAAGGCCCUGACCGCAGCAAUGCUCACGUCGCAGCAUUCGACGAUGAAUACGCCCUUAUCAGCUGGGAACAGAUCGACUUGCCGUCUUGCGACUUCGUCGCCAUGGGCUGUGGUGGCACUUUCAGCGGCACUUACUUUCAGCUCGUCAACAGCUCCGGCAAGAAGAUUGGCGAUGCCAUCACCAGCAACAACACCUAUGUGGCUGGCGAUAUGGUCACGCGCCAGGAUGGCAGUAUCUGCUGGCCAUAUGUCAACAUGGAGUGGUCGCUUGACUCCCCAGCUCAGAGCUGGUCAUCGUGGAAGAGACAGGAGAGCGAAACGACCAGUGGGGCGGGCGUAGAAAUGGUCAAAAUAGACACGAUUCGAGAAAGCAACAACAAGGUGAAGGACCUGACGGAUCUGGUCACCAUCUUUGUGGGAGGCACCGGAGGCAUAGGUGCAUCUACUGCGAAGGAGCUGUUCUUACGCGCAACGAGACCGCGAGCGUACAUUGUAGGAAGAUCAGAGGAUCGCGGAACCCGACUCAUCAACGAGCUCAAGGAGCUACAACCUGCCGGUAAAGCAUACUUCAUCCAAAAAGAUGUCUCGACGGUCAAAGCGACCGAUGAGCUGUGCGCAGAGCUGCGCGAACGAGAGCCAAAGAUUCACUGUUUGGUUCUGACAGUGGGCUUCAUGACACUCAAGGGGCGUCAUGAGACUCCAGAAGGCAUCGACCGUAAAAUGGCGGUUAACUACUACACUCGCAUGAGGUGCAUUCUCAACCUUAUGCCAGCGCUCACCAAAGCAUCAGAGUCCAACGAGCUCUCUCGAGUGGUCACAGUGCUGGCGGCGGGAUCUGAAGGCGACGUUCGAGAGGAUGAUCUGGACUUGAAGCACAACUUCACCCUUCACGCUUGCCUUGCUCACUGCGUGGUCAUGUCUGAUUUCUUCAUCGAAGAGCUCGCGAAGAGAUAUCCACAAACAUCCUUCAGCCACUCUUAUCCAGGCACUGUCAAGACCGGCAUCGCGAACCAGCUUAGUGGGCCCGUUCGCUUAGCCGUCAAGGUUAUGUAUGCCGUCAUGACACCGUGGAUCCUGAAUGUCCAAGAAUCUGGAGAGCGCCACCUCUUCCAAAUGACCAGCCAGUGCUACCCAUCUCGCAACGGCGGUGUUGGCAUACCGAUCCCCGGGGGAUUGGGCGUCAUGCUGGGCUCCGACGGCACACCUGGGAGCGGCGCCUAUCUACUCGACUGGGAUGGCAAAUCGACUGGCGACAAGGGCAUGCUACUGAAGCAUCGCGAAAGGGGUAUGGGACCAAAGGUGUGGAAUCAUACGACAGAGAUGUUUCGCAAGGCGGAAGAGAGGUCGCGCAAAGAUUCGAAGCGGUCGUCAGACGGUACAGAUGAUGGCGCCAAACGAUCGAUACCGAACCCAGUCGGCUGGCGGGCUGCAUGA